AUGUAUAACAAGAUCGUAAGAACUGCCCCAAUAGUUGUCGAAGGUGCUAAUUUGGUUGAGAAAUUGGUCUUGCUGCCUCGUUGGAAGGUCCUGCAAAACCAAUUGGUAAGGGAGGUUCAAUUUAAGGAUUAUGAAACUACAUGGGCAUUCUUAACGCACGUUUCGAUGAGAUCACACCUGUGGGGACAUCAUCCAACUAUAACUACCAACUACAAUUAUGUGAAGCUACAAUUAUGUACCCAUGAGUUGGAGGAGAAAGUGAGUGACAUUGACCUUAAACUGGCUAAAAGGUUUGAACAAUAUAUAGAAACGUAUAAACAGGAAGAAUAA